AUGGCAGAAGCAGAGGAAGUGAAGCACUUUGGGGUUAGGGGAAGCCCAUUAAGUCUCAGAGUGGAUAUAGCUUUGAGAUUGAAAGGUGUGAAAUCCAAAUUCUGCGAAGAGGACCUGCAGAACAAGAGCCCUUUGCUCAUCAAAUACAAUCCAGUUCACAAGAAGGUCCCUGUGCUUGUACACAAUGAGAAACCAAUAGCAGAGUCCCUUGUUAUUCUUGAAUACAUUGAUGAGACUUGGAAGCAUCAGGGCCUUCCAAUAUUGCCUCAAGACCCUUACCAAAGAGCCAAUGCACUUUGGGCUAGCUUCAUUGAUGAGAAGUGCUCACCUGCAAUAUGCAAAGCUUACUGGGAAAUUGAGGGCCAUGAGAAGGCUAUGGAAGAAGCUUGUGAGCUUCUGCAAUUUCUUGAAAAUGAGCUCAAGGAUAACAAGUUCUUUGGGGGAGAGACAAUUGGAUUUGUAGAUAUGGCUGCUAGCUUCAUAGGCUACUGGCUUAGACCAAUUCAAGAAGCUGUGGGGGUGGAGGUAUUGACCAAAGAGAAGUGUCCCAAGCUAUAUGAUUGGUGUGAUGAGUUUGCGAGCCACAGUGUUGUUAGGGAAGUUCUGCCUCCUAAUAAAGAAAGAUUAAUUGCCUUCUUCCUUGGUCGCUGUGAAAGCACCAAACUACUUGCAAAGUAA